AAGAAGCCCCUGUUCUGGGAUGUUGCCAUCACCUCCAGGGUCUAAGCUAGGCUGCUGCCAUAGCUAGUUGCAAAAGGUAGGAAGAGGAAAGAGAGCCUGGAGGAGACAUGGCACUCUUACCUCUGCUUACAUCCAUUUCAGAGACGUCAGUCUCACAGCCACAACCAAACACAACAGAGGCUGGGAAAUGUCCUGUGACUGGGCUGCCAGUGCCCAGCUACAAGUUUCUAUCACUAGUGAUGAAAAAGACAACUAGCAGUCUGCAUAUUGACUCAGUCACAUCUGAGGGUGGCCAGAUAUGAGCAGAAGGAGGCAAAUGGUACAAAAUAGUGGCCAGGUUUCUGACUGAGGAUACCAUUCACAGAGACAGGCAGAGAAAAGAAGCAGAGGACAUUUUGCGGAAGAGAAAACAUUCCAAUAGGACAAGUCAACUUUGAGAUUCCUAUGAGCAGGGGUACUCUGAUAAACCUGCUCUCCUGGAGGACCUGUUUACAGCCUUUGCUGAUUUCCUGAAGUAAAUACACACAUUAUGGUCUAUUUCAAGCUACCAGGGUGAUGUCGCUAAAAGAGAAGCUGGGAAGAGAUGUGUACAACAGGGUCUCACAAACUGGUAUAAGCCAGGUCCAGCUCACUUCUACUGGCAAGGAUUUCCAUGUGGAGACAUCCUGAAGACAGGAUAUGAAGAGCUCAAGCCAAAGAAUAAACUCUAGGUGAGACAUUGAUUCUGGAAUAAAUGAGAGAGGCCAUAAGAUCCCAAGAAGAAUUCUGAUUUGCAGUUAUUUGGGGUUUAGAAAAAUGUGAUCUUGAUUAAGAGUUCCAAGUAGAAAACAGAUGCAAAAAUGAUUAUGGUAUGGAAGAUGGGAUUAAUAAAGACCCUGCCAUCAGUAAAAUUCCUUCUUAAAAAGAAGCACUCUGGCCACUCUCAAGGAGUCAGCUCUGGCCAAAGUCAGUACUAGAACAACAGAAAUGUUUGAUCAGGGAUAUGAGCAAUAGAACUGCUUGGCUGUCAGGACCAGGAUCUUGUGAUACAUGUUUCAGCAAUCCAAGGUUGGAGGGUUCAGCCUGCGGUGAUUCUUCUCUCAAGUGGGGGAAUCUCUGAGGGACUCCCUUCCUAAAUGUCCAUUCACCUAAAGAAGAAACAGGCACACAACGCAGCCCCGCAUGUACUGUAACAGAGGUAUACAUAAUAGCCUGGGGGAGCACAAGGAAUUCAUUACUAAUUAAACUAUUGAGGAAAGAACAGCUGGCAUUCAAGCUCAAACUCAAAUAAUGAAUAGGAAUUUUCCAAAUUAACCAGGAAGCUGUUGGAGAUUGGGGGAGGGAGGUUCUGGUGUGGUGAGCGAGCACAGACGUGAAGACAGUCAGGCGGAACAGUGCAGGCAGACCCAGGAGCACGGAAAGAUAAGGGUUAUUUAAAGACCAACAAGAAUUUCAUAUUUCAACGAAGUGCCUGAAGUCACUGCAAAGAGUACAUUCUAUGGUACCUGAUGCAUAUUUGGUAAGUACUCAAUAUUUUACAGAAUAAUCUUAAAGAUUUAUGAAAAGGAGGUUGAGAGUCUAAGAUUCAUAAAAGUACAGUGAUAAUCAUAAUUUUCUUUUCAAUGUUGUUGAAACUUAUCUAUACACGCUACUUCAUUAAGUAAGGAAAAAUGAAUCGGAUCAGACAUUGUAACUCAGACUUCACAAAAUUCACUUUCAGGUCAGAAAACUAGGGUCAUUAGGGGGACAGGUAGUCAGAGUGGCCCCCUAACUCUGACUUUUUGCCCUAUUGAACAUGCUAUUUUGUACACUUAGAAAAUAUGAAAUUUCAGUGGAUAGAAGUUGAAGUUGUUCUGAAAUCAGGAUUCUGUUUUGAAAGUAUUCAACAAAUAUCGUGCUUGUUGGGCACAGUGCUAGGUACUUGUAUGUAACUCUCACAUAGACACUAUUCUAAUUGUUCAGUGAGUGACAAGUCUUUUAGCCUUCAGAAAGUAAACAAACUAUUGCAAUAUAGUGUGUGGCACAGAUUAGAGCCCUUGUCCUCUCUCUUGCACUCAUUCAUUUUGUCCCAAUACCAGUCUUGACCCAGAACUCAACACCUCCCCAAGUUCCCCCAUACCAUGCUUCAGUAACUGGGAAGUCAAAGUUCAAUCAGAAGAUAGUGAUUUAAUAUGAGUUUUGACUGUGUACUACAUCUUGUUUAAAAUACUUUGAUCUUGGACUCUCAAAAGGUUAAUCAGCUCUAAAUUUACUCUUUGUUCUCUAGCUUCUACUCUGCAAGUGAAGUUAUCUUUUUGCUCUGCACCAACCAGAUUAAAAAUACAGACAAUUUUUGGAUUCUGCCAAAUGAAUCCACUUAAACAAAAGCUUUUCAUGCAAUCUAGACUUCAAUGAGGAUUUGGUAAAGGACAGAGAGAAGAGGCUUUACGUUUUGUACCCCAAAAUAAGCCAAAGCAUGUAAUUUUAUUUCUGUUCUCCAAGCCCAUAUUAUUAAUAUAACAACAUGAACAUGGUGGGGAGGAGCCUCUCUCUUCCCCCCCCACACACACCUCUUUCUAUCACCUUUUCUUUCCCUUUCCUCAUGCAGUACCUAGCCUUGUUGGAUCCUCUCUUCCUUGUUAUGCAGAGCAGUUCAGUCCUGAAGGAGUUUCUACUUCCAAAUUUCACACUUGGUGCUCAGCAAAACAAAAGCCACCCACCCCAUCUCCCUGCCCAGUUAAUAGGACCAACUUUCUUUAAGGGCAUUUUACAAACUAUGUUUCACAACAUGAGCAUAUUCUCGUGGUCCUAUCAGCUACCCCAAGUAUUCCCCCAAUAGACAUGCUGGUAGAGUAAUUGUUCUGUUUCUCAUUGUAAUUGUGAUGUGUCAUAACUGAGAAAACGCAGAGUGCAUCAGACUUCCAUUUCAGGCUCCUAAAAGGAGGAAGCAACAAUCCCAGCUAGAACUUGGACAGGAGUAGCCAAAAGGUGGGCAAAGGGGUUGGGAGUAUGGGUUGUUGGUGAGGGGAGGGAAAGAAGAGAAUUGUUCACAAAAGAGAAACAAAAUCUUGGUGGCAAAUUACAGAUUAAAAAUAAAACUGAGUAUAGAGAGAUUCACUUCUCACACAAUUCCUCUCUUGUACCAUCUCUCCUAGAACACUCAUCAUGUCUUCAAAUAUGAUGCUUCAGAAAAUGGUGCUGUUGAUGAUAUCUUUUUUAGUAGUUACCUGGAUAAUUAUUUCUCAAAACUCCACAAAGUUUUGGUCUACUCUAAAUUUAUCCAUCUCCCUCUAUCACUGGAACACCUCCACGAAGUCUCCUCCAUUCCCCAAAACACCAGUGAGCCCGUUAAAGCCACCAACAGACACUGAGCUGAGAAUAAAGGCGAUCGUGGAGAAACUAGACCAGCAGAUCCCACCCAGACCUUUCGCCCACGUGAACACCACCACCAGUGCUGCACACAGCACAGCCACCGUCCUCAACCCUCGACACACCUACUGCAAGGGGGACCAGCUGGAUGUCCUGCUGGAGGCCAAGGACUACUUGGGACGCAAGAAGCAAUAUGGCGGAGAUUUCUUGAGGGCCAGGAUGUCCUCCCCAUCCCUGGAAGCAGGUGCUGCAGGAAAGGUGACCGACUUCAACAACGGCACCUACCUUGUCAGCUUCACUCUCUUCUGGGAGGGCCCAGUCUUCCUGUCUCUCCUGCUCAUCCACCCCAGCGAAGGGGUGUCGGCUCUCUGGAGGGCAAGGAACCAAGGCUAUGAUAAAGUUGUUUUCAAAGGUAAAUUUGUUAAUGGGACCUCCCAUGUCUUCACUGAAUGUGGCCUGACCCUCAAUUCAAGUGCUGAACUCUGUAAAUACCUGGACGAUAGAGACGAAGAAGCCUUCUACUGUGUGAAGCCUCAACACUUGCCCUGUGAGGCCCUGACCCACAUGACCACCAGGAAUCAAAAAAUUUCUUAUCUUACUAUGCAGGAAAAAGGCCUUUUCCACAGGUCCAAAGUGGGAGUUGAAAUGAUGACAGACAUAAAACACAUUGAUGUCUCCCGAUGUAACAAGAGUGAAAAGAUGACAGCGAAAUGCCAAGUUGGAAUAAAGACUCCUGUCCCUGGUGGCUAUACUUUACAAGGAAGAUGGAUAACAACAUUUUGCAACCAGAUUCAGUUAAACACAACUAAGAUAAAUGACUGUUUAAAAGGAAAACUCAUUUACCUCCUGGGAGACUCUACACUGCGUCAGUGGAUCUACUACUUACCCAAAGUUGUAAAAACACUAAAAUUGUUUGAUCUUCAUGAAACCGGAGUGUUUAAGAAACAUGUGCUUCUGGAUGCAGAAAGACACACUCAGAUUCAAUGGAAAAAACACAGCUACCCUUUUGUUACUCUUCAGCUCUACUCUGUGAUAGAUGAUGAUUAUAUCCCUCGGGAAAUUGACCGGCUACCAGGUGACAAAAACACAGCCAUUGUGAUCUCCUUUGGCCAGCACUUCAGACCCUUCCCCAUUGACGUCUUCCUUCGCAGGGCCCUCGGUGUCCGAAAGGCUAUUGAACGAUUAUUCCUAAGAAGCCCGACUACGAAAGUGAUCAUUAAGACAGAAAACAUCAGGGAGAUGCACUUAGACACAGAGAGGUUUGGAGACUUCCAUGGUUACAUUCAAUAUCUCACCAUGAAGGAUAUUUUCAAAGAUCUCAAUGUGGGUGUCAUUGAUGCUUGGGACAUGACUAUUGCAUAUGGGACCAAUACUGUCCACCCACCUGAUCAUGUGAUUGGAAGUCAAAUUAAUAUGUUCUUAAACUACAUUUGCUAAAUCAUGAAUACUAUACAAAAUCACUAGGAAUGGAUCUCUGCAAAUAAUCCCACAUGCAUUUUCAAGUAAGUUUUAUUCAUUUUUAGAAACUAAGAGAAUCAAAUUUAAAAGUGUCUGUGUUAGCAGGAAGGACACUUAAGGACAAUGACAACUACUAUGGGAUGUAAAGCCAAGAGAAUCAAACAUGAGGAAUGAUCAUACCAUGUCUGGAAGUUGUGUAUGUACGAUAAUGAAUAUUUUUAUUUUUUAGGCAAGUUUGGGUCACAAUUUUUGUUGCUUGUGGCAGAAAGCAUCCUACCUGAUACUUUAGUAGGGUAAAAGAAAGUAAAUAUAUCAUCAUUGUGUUCUAAAACAGGGGUCACCUAACUUUUUCUGUGAAGGGCUAGACAGUAAAUAUUUUAGGCUUUGCAGGCCAUACAGUCUGUUGCAAGUGCUCAAUUCUGCCAUUAUAGUACAAAAGUAGCCUCAGACAACAUGUAAACAAAUGAGUAUGGUUAUGUUUCAAUACAAUUUAUUUAGGAAAUAAACUGAUAUUUGAAUUUCAUAAGUUUUAUAUGUCAGGAGAUAUUCUUCUUUUGAUUUUCCUCCAACUUUUUAAAAAUGCAAAGUCCACUUUUAGAUCACAGGCCCUAAACAUGAUAGACUAUAUUUGGCCUCUAGGCCAUAGUUUUCCUGUGUCUGGUUUAAAACAAAAAAUUUUGUAGGGACUGGGCACAGUGGCUCACA